AAAUAUCUUCCUUUUAAAACAAAAAAAGAAACGAAGAACAGAAGGUGGGCCGAUGUGUUAAAAUUCGACGCUCAUAUCGCCGCCUUUCAAUAAAAGAGAAAAAGAAAAAGGAGUUUCAAGAGCACACGAAGUCAAAUUCAUAUUACGGUUUCUUGUAUUCAACCAGAUAUAAGGAUUAAUAUAUAGGAAUGGCACCAGCCUUAAUCAAUGCAAACCCGGUUGUAUACCAAAAGAAAGAACGCCCGGCUCGAACUAAACCCGGUGACAGCGGUUUUGAUGAAUAUGCAGCUGAACUCAUUGACCAACUUGAAAUAUUUGAUCAUAUUAGAGAUAUAAAAGAUCCUGAACAUCCUUAUUCUUUAGAGGAGUUGAAAGUCAUUACAGAGGAUGCUAUUGAAGUAGAUGAUAAGCGUAACUAUGUUCGGGUCACAUUUACACCGACGGUUGAGCAUUGCAGUAUGGCAACUGUUAUUGGGCUUUGUUUGCGGGUUAAACUUAUGCGCAGCCUACCUUCUCGUUUUAAGGUUGACAUCAAGGUGGCUCCCGGGACUCAUGCAACUGAAGAUGCAGUGAAUAAGCAAUUGAAUGAUAAGGAACGGGUUGCUGCUGCCCUGGAAAAUCCUAAUCUUGUCGACAUGGUUGAUGAAUGCCUGUCUCCAUCUUUUGAAUAAAAGUUGCACCCAAUACAGAGCCAGUCACCAACAUGCUGAGGGUCUCUUUUGAGCCUAUAACCAUGGUAAAUGCUAUCAGGACAUUUUAAUUACCUAUGAGAGUGAAAGUGAGUGAGCUUUUUAGUUUUUAUAUAAUGUGUGGAUAGUUGCCAAAUAUCCCGAGGAGGCCACGAGGAUCAAAUAGGAGGAUAUAGCAUUGUUUCAUAACUAUACACCUUCAGUUUAUUUUCUAGAGACCGUUUAUGUGAAUCUUUGUAAUGAUAUUCUUUUAUUGCUGAUUACUUCAAGCGAUGUACAAGCA